CAAUAUUUUCAUGUAAUAGAAAAAAGAAGAAAUCAAAUGAGAAGAUUAUUUUUUGAAACAAGAUCGAUGUAGAAAUCUCGAGACAACCGGAAUCUUUCUAGCCGAUGGUAUGAUUGGUAAGAUUGAAUAUUUGGAAAAAUAUUCGGUGGCACCACCACCUAGCAGAGACUACUAUGGCCUUAAAAUUCUUCAAGAUGAGUUGAUACUUUACAUUUGGAAAAUAUCUCACGGACCACACAAAACACCGAUUUCUCGUAUCAUCAAGUUUGUUGAAUUUAGUCAAGAUAAAACUUUGCAGGAUUUUAUUGGUCGAUUUUUUGGCGAGCACUUUGUUAAUUACAUUCAAAAACUAGCCGAAGGUAAAGGGAAUACACUUUUGACGUUGCCACGAUCUUCGAUAAGAAAAAUUGUUGAAUUUCUUCAUUUCAAAGAUAUCGUCAAUUUAUCUUCCUUAUCUCGUAUUGCAAACGUAGUAAGUGAUCAUCUAAUAUAUAAGAUAAAAGUUCAAGUAUUUAACGAUAAUUUCAUUUGGGAAACUUUAUACAAAAGGCACAAGAGGUUUAAUAUUAGCAAAAAGGAAAUAGAAUACGCCAUGGCUUAUGGUUGGAAACAAACUUUUAAAGAUCAACAAAUACCAUUUUCUGCGGAAUUACGCAAAAUAACAGGAUCAACUAUUAAAAAUGAACAUUUAAAAAUGAAAAAUGGAUUAUCAAGAUCCAUGAGUGGACCAUUGAAAACUUUACCCAAAGUAUCAAAUUCAUCUGUGAGCAAUGAAAUUGUUAGACCAUUGCAAAUUACUCAAAAAAAUGCACAAACGAAUUUAAUCAAAUCAUUAAAAAAUAAUAAAGUAAACGAUGAUACAAUUAAAAAUAAUCGAAACGACAAAAAGAUAAAUGUUAAUGUUAAAAAGAUCAAUAAAACAAAUAAAACGAAUAAAACGAGUAACACUAAAAAAGAAAAAUCUACGAAAAACGAUGAAGUUCGCGAAUCAUUUUCCGAUUCUAUGUCUAUCGCUGGACAACAAAAUUCAUCUACAAACAAACGAAAUACAAAAUCUGUCGUAACAACCGUAAAAACUAUCAAUGGUAAUUUACAUAUCACAGAAAAGGAUAAAUUUUUCGGUGACACGAAAAAGAACAACGUAAUUAAUAAAAAUACGAUGAAUAAAACGAACAAUGGUGUUUCUUCUAACAGUCAAUCGAUUAAAAAUAAAACUUUAUCGAAGAAUAAUAAAACUAAGACGAAAAAAUUAAUGGAAAGUAACUCAACGAUAUUAAACACCGAUAAAUCUUUCAUAAAUGAAUCGGCAGUUAUGAAGAAUGAAAAUUUUGAAUUGGCUUAUUUGAUAGAGGAAAGUUUGAAAAGAAUUCGUAGUCCUAGAACAGUUUUUGAUUAUGAUUAUAGUUAUCUAGAAGAUGCAAAAACUUUAACAGAUUCAACGAAAAAAAAUAAAACGAUGAAUACUAUGAAAGAUAUUAAACGUGAUCGAAUUAAUAAGAAACUCGAUCGUUUGUCAGAAAAUUCUGAUUCAAUGACUACUUUAUCGAACAAUUCAAUUGAAAAUAUGAAAUUAAAUGAAUCCGAUCGUUCGACUAAUAAAAUUUCAACGAAAGAAAAGAAUACUUUAUUUGAUAAAAAAAUUAUUGUUGAUCGAAACGAAAUGUUAGAACCUGUUACAGAUUUGAAUGAAAAUUCACCUAAAAUAAGUCCAAAAAUAAUUGAUGAAACUGAUACAAAAUAUUGUAUUCCUAAAGGAGCUUUAAAUAGUAUCGAUAUAAUGAAAUCUUUGAGAUCGAGUAAUCCAAUGAUUAGAUCAACCGCUCUGUCAGGGAAAAAUUUGCCUACGACUGCUACAAACCGAUUUGCCUUGAGAAAGAGUUUCAAUGAAUUGCGGAAGGAUCGUAUAAUGCAAGACAAUUAAA